GUUCAUUCCCGAAUGCAGCAACUUCUUCAGGACUGACUUGACCUAUAUCUGAGAAGGCGUGCUUGAUUGUGCUGUCGGGCCUUCGCUGCAAUGCGACAUCCGCGCCUUAUUUCUACGUGGGCCCUGGCACUAAUCGUGUCUUUCUUCGACUUUGUAUGGCCAGGUGUUCCAGGUAUCAAGCUUCGCACGAUGUCAACAGUCACCGACGAAACCCAAAUGGUCCCUCGUCUCACGGCAGUGGUGGAAGGCGCCGUCGAGUUGCCGUGCAACCUGUCGGUACCGGCGUCUAACCACGACCGGGACAACGUUACGCUAGUUCUGUGGUCCAAGUCGGGGGUUCACGGGCCCCUCUACAGUGUGGACGCUCGCAACUCUCCCCUGGAGCGAGCCAAGCACUUCCCCAGCCCUGAUCUCGGCGGACGCUACGACUUCAACACGAGCGCCCUGCCAACUGCGCUUCUCCGCAUAGAUCCAGUGCGGCCAGAAGACGCCGGGGAGUUCAAGUGCCGUGUGGACUUUCGAUGGGCGAGGACGCACACUUAUGUCGUGUCCUUGGAAGUGAUAGUACCCCCCAAGAAAGCCAUCAUCACUGACGAGUCGGGCAAGGUUUUGCAAGACGUCAUUGGUCCCUACGACGAAGGGGCUCCCCUGAAGCUGGCCUGUGAAACGAGGGGAGGAUCUCCACUACCGGCCGUUACCUGGUGGCGGGAAAUGAACCUUCUGGACGACCAGUACUUCAACACAAGCGACGCCACCUCGCGCAACGAGCUGCUAAUCCCAAAACUGGAGCGCUCGGACGCACGUAGCGUGCUCACGUGCCAGGCGUCGAACACCAAUCUGACGCUCCCCGUCUACGCCUCCGUGACAAUCGACAUGAACCUGCGUCCCCUGGACGUGAAGGUGACGAGCGCGCGUGACGUGCUCGUGGCGGGUCACCGGGCGGAGCUGCGCUGCCAGUCCCGGGGUGCGCAGCCGGCAGCGCGCAUAACGUGGUGGAAGGGCGGCCAGCAGCUGGGCCGCACCGUGGAGAAGCUCGAGGGCAACGUCACCUCGAGCACGCUUAUCUUUGUGCCCGGGCCCGAGGACCACGAACGCCUGCUCACCUGCAAGGCGGACAACCCCCAGCUGCCCGACAGCGCCAUCGAGGAUGCCAUCUUUUUGUCUGUCACGUACGCGCCGCAGCUCUCGCUGAGCGUCACCUCGACGCACGCGAGCGGCGCCAUCCUCGAGGGCUCGGACGUGCUGCUCGAGUGCGCGGUGCGCGCCAACCCGUCCGUGCGCGACGUCUGGUGGAAGCACAACGGCCGCCUGCUCGACCGGAGCCGAGACGCCGGCCUCGACCUGGUGUUCGGCAACCAGUCGCUGCGGCUCCUGCGCAUCCGCCGCACCAGCGCUGGCACUUACCAGUGCCUCGCCAGCAACACGCAGGGUCACGGCGAAAGCAAUCAGCUGCAGCUACAGGUCAAGUUCGCUCCGGUGUGCCGGGAAGGACAGAAGCUGGUCUACGGCGUCGCCAAGGACGAGGCGGCUCAGGUGUCCUGCGAACUGGAAGCUGAUCCGCCGGAUGUGUCCUUCCAGUGGCGUUUCAACAGCACCUUCGAGGGAGAGCGGCACCUGUCCGCCAUGCCGGUCGACAAAGAACUGCGCAGUGUCGCCACCCACGUUCCUCGUAGCCGCACCGACUACGGCAUGCUCUACUGCUGGGGAAAGAACAGCGUCGGCACGCAGGCCAAGCCAUGCGUGUUCACAAUCGUCGCCGCUGGACCCCCGGAGCCCUUGAGUAAUUGCAACGUGGUCAACGCCACCGCUGAUUCGCUCAAAAUAGAAUGCGACUCUGGAUACGACGGUGGGCUGGAGCAAACAUUUCAUCUCGAGGUCAUCGACUCGGUGCGCAGUGAGACGCUCGCGACGCGAGAGCAGAAGGAGCGGCCGUUGUUCCUGGUGCAGCCGCUGCCACCGGGCACCGAGUUCAUAGUGCGCGCCUUCGCUCAGAACGCCAAAGGGCGCAGCGACAGCGACAUCUUCACAGCGAGCACCGAGGAGGCGCGCGACGACGGAGACGGUGACUCUCUGCAGCUCGCCAUGAGUCCUCUUCUGGGCGUUUUGAUCGGGGCUGUGGCUGCGCUGAUCCUCGUAGCCAUUAUCAUUAUUAUCAUCAUGAGAAUGCGUGCCCAUGACAACGACGCAGAUUCCAGGGAGCUCAACACGGCUGACAAGUCACAGACUCUUCUGCGAAAGGGCGUCGUUGUCGAGGACACCAGUGAAGGUGACAUCAAAGACCCGGAUAUCAUACCGCCAAAGACAGAUUUGGAAGAUCCUGAGUGGGUCUUCCGGCAACUGAACGGAUCCAAUGGUAGGAUACGCCAGGACGUGGGCAUUUCCAAGGGCGGCAUGAUGUACGGCACGUUGCCAAAUGUCAAAGUCCAGAUGCCACCUCAGCAAUUUCGUGACGACAUGAUGUACCGCGAGCGGUACUACCCGGGCAGUGGAGUGGCCGGCGACCUGGACAGCAGCCCCGGGGAGCGGCAGCGCAGUGGCGGCACGUUCCGACCCCAGGGCGGCAUGCCAGACCCCGACGAGGUGGACCGCAUGAUCGCUUCCUCCAAGGCACCCCUGCACACGGCCACACUCAUGCGCAGGAGCCCGCAGAGGCGGGACACUCCUGAGCGGGAGCGCCGUACCAUAUCGACGCCCGUCUGACAGGCGGAGACCACGUUCGGGCAGGCCCCUUACGACAACGGGGAACAAGCGGAGGAGCGGCCCGGACCGCCCUUCUGUCCGAACGACGACUCCUCGACCGCUCAGUGCCCGGAGGAAGACGGCGAUGAACCCUCUGUGAUCGCUGCUGCCGCCGCCACAAGACGGCGCCACCAUCUCCACGAGACCACCACCAGUGCCUUCUCCAGCCAGCAGAGACGCUACCCUAACGCCGCUGCCGCAGCUGAGAGCUUCGAACUCGGAACGCGCCGUCGCCGGGACAGUGCGUCUUCCACGGACUCUUACAUGUCCUGGAGUGCGGGACAGCCCGCCACCAGGGCGCGUGGCUCGCAAGAGCAGGAAAUGCUUCGUCACCACCGGCAAGCUUGGCUGGGAGCCACUCUGCCUCGCGGCGGAUACUCCCAGCCCCAGCAGCAGCCACAGCCGAUGCAGCAGGAGCGACGCAACUCGUUCGGCGACGAAGGACCGCGUUACGAGAACACAGCGUUCCUCAGGCAGCUUCAGCUGCGCAGCGUGGCCGAUGAACCUUCAGCCGCUUCCGGAGCCACGUUGCGUGGCACAAGGCGUAGCUGCCGCGUGUGAGUGCGGUUAGUGCUCGUGCGAACUGGCAGCUCACGCAGCGAGGAAUGGCAAAUGAGGCUUGCAAGACAACGUCGGCUUGCAUGGAUCGAGAACGCUGUCAAGACCUUCGAAAAAUUGUUCAGAGCGCAGUAAAUUUUGUAUUUUCGUUUGUUA